CGACAUGCCGUAAAGCGCGUAGUUCAAGAUGGCAGCUCUGGUCCAUAUACAUUUGUAAUACUUCGUCGGAAAAAAGCCGUUGAUAUUUUUUCUUGUGAAGCCUUUUUGAGUGGACUAACGACAGGGAAUUAAAGCGGAAGUGUUGUUUAAUGACGGGAGACGGUUUUGGGCUGAAGAUAAGAUGUGUUUCAUUUAAUAAGAAGGUGACAUUGAGAGUAACGGUUGCAUGCGAGCUUUUACAUGCAUUAAUUUAUUUCGCACCCGUAUUCAGACAAGUCGUGGCAGGAUUGGUUAAUAUUGGCGCGCUUUCUGCACUGCGAUUAGUUAGAAGUGCAUGCUUAGAGAAACUAGCCAAUCCCAGAGCAGGAGGCGGGAUUUAACGGAAAGCGGGUGUGUACAAAGUGGCAGUCUGUGGUGGUGAACUGACAGUAGUGACUGAAAUCGCGAUAACUUGGUGCCAUAAAUGUUUCAUGAGGCAAGGAGAGAGAAACUGAGUCAGAGGAAAAAGAACAGAAUGACAGAAAAAGAGGACACGAAGAAAGACACAUAGAGAAAGGAAUAGAGAGAGAGAGAGAGAUGAAAGGAGGAGAGAAAAGAGAACAGUAAAAGAAGAAAGGAGCUGGGAAAAGGAGCGAGAGAAAGAAUGAGUCAGAGAAUAAAUAGAUAACAGGAAAAGAGACAGUGAAAAGGGGAAAAAAGAUUAAAGCACAAAAAUAUACUAAAUAAAAAGAAAGAAAGAAGAUAAGAGAAAAAGAUGAAGAAAAAUUUAAAGGGAAGAAACAAAACGAAUAAUAGGGGUAAAAACCGCAAGUGCAAAAAGAAGAGAAACGGAAGACAGGAUUAAAGCACUGAGGAGAAAUGAUAGGCAGAUCUGAAAAGAAAGGAAGACGGACGGAGAGAAGAAACGGAAAGUUAGAAAACGGUAGCGAGGAAGAACAAAUUACAGCAAGGUCAAAAAGAAGAAAGAGGACUGAAGCACUAAGGAGAAAAACCAGAUAGAAAAGAAAUGGAAAAGAAGGAUGGAGAGGGGAAAAAUAACUGCAGGUGCAAAAAGAAGACAGGAUUAAACCACAGGAGGAAAAAAAAGAGGCAGAAACGAAAGAAAGACGGAUGGAGAAAGAGGAAGAAAAAAAAACAGAAAGAGAUGAGAUGAGAGAAAGUAAGAAAGAUGGCGGAGAGAAACAGCAAAUUACAGCAAGUGCGAAAAGAAGAGGAAAGAAAGAGGACCGGAGUGCGGGGAGGAAAAAGAAUGCCGGAGGAAGGGAAAGAGAAACGGAGAUAAAGGGAAAGUCAGGCGUGUGUAAAACGUGUCGAAAGCUGAUUAAUCUGAUUGUUUUGUUCUUCUCUCUCCAGGUUCUUCAGGAUGGCCGUGCGUUCCCGUCUCGCUCUCCUCACUUCUCUGGGUUCUCCGAGGCGAGGACGGAGGAGCUUGAGUCUGUUCUCCGGUCCGUCUCCGUCCGGAUGGAGUAAAGUCGUGUCGGAUGCGGAGAAGAUCGUGGGAUAUCCGACGUCCUUCAUGAGUCUGCGCUGCCUGCUCAGUGACGAGCUCAGCAACGUCGCCAUGCACGUCAGGAAACUGGUGGGGACCAAACACCCGCUGCUCAACACCGCCAGGGGGUUUGUGUAUGACAGUAAGCACAAUCUGCAGAUGCGUGGGCUGGUGGUGUUGUUGAUGUCUAAAGCAGCAGGACGGAGUGAAUCGGCGUCUGGCGCGCUCCUGCCCGACAUGAUCAGCGGCAUUUACCCCAGCCAGCGCAGCCUGGCCGAGAUCACCGAGCUGAUCCACACGGCGUUCCUGGUGCAUCGUGGGAUUGUGAAUUUAAAGGAGUGGACGUUCUCAGACGGGCCGCUCAAGGACAUGCAGUUCGGGAACAAGAUGGCCGUCCUGAGCGGCGACUUCCUGUUGGCCAACGCCUGCACAGGAUUGGCUCAGCUGAACAACACCAAGGUGGUGGAGCUGAUCUCCAGUGCCAUCGGAGACUUGGUGCAGGGCGUGUACUACGAGAACUCCAACUCCAACUCCGCAGAGGGAAAGCUGUCGAUGGCGUCAUGGGAGGACCAGGCGUUCCUCUCCCAUGGUGCAUUGCUGGCUAAGAGCUGCCAGGCGGCCAUGGAGUUGGCGAGACACGACGCGGAGGCUCAGACUCUCGCUUACGAGUACGGAAAACACCUCGCUCUCGCACACAAGCUGAAUUUGGACCUGCAGCCGUUCAUGAAGAGCGGUUCCGACCCGGUGGUCUUCUCUCUGGACUCGGCUCCUGCGGUUUUCCACCGGCUGAUCGUCGGACACGAGAUUUGGACGCGCCAGUUACAGCAGGCCCAGAUCUCCACACCACAGACGGAUUACUCGAAGCUGUGGUCUGGGAUUAGAUCUGGGGGCGGAGUGAAGCAGGCUGUUGACCUCUGCACUGAGCACGGAAACACGGCGCUGGAGGCCAUCCGGCGUUUCCCCCCGUCCGAGGCUCGCUCGGCUCUCGAGAACAUCGCCGGCGCCGUCGCCAGGUUCUGAUGGAACCACGCCAGAUCCGGAGUCUGAGCUCCGCCCUCGUCCGGCCCGAGCGUCCGGAGUCGCGCGUUUUGAACUCUGCGUCGGUGCCGGAGCCGGCCGAGAGGAACGGCGGAUCUUUGUAAGAACCAUCGGACGAUUUUAACGAGGAUUUUACAUUACACUUCUGAAGGCACAGAGGCAUCGCCAUGACAACAGCGACGACACCGACAACGCUGAUUGCGUGUUUUGUUCCGAGGGCGGAUCCGCUAGCACGAGACGUCCUGUUAGCAUUAGCGACGUUCUCGCUACUGUCAGGCUUAUUGUAAUGGGCCGACAAAACUCAUGUCACACACUGUUCGUGUCAUGUGUUGCUUUGGUUGCCAUGACAAUAAAAUGUGACUCCACCCCCAAAUGAUGCUCCAGCUCUUGGUUCCUGAACAGCAUUAUACACCUGUAGUGUGUGUGUGUGUGUGUGAGAUUGACACUAAUAAUUAAUGAGAAGUGUGUGUGUGUGUGUGUGUGUGUGUGUGUGUGCAGAUGGGCAGGAAGCACUGUGGUAUCGAUCGACUCGGCGCCAGGCUGGGCAGCCUGUGGUUUCCGCGGCGACCGCACCGGGACGCUCAGGGUGUGAAGCGGGGCGGGUCACACGUACACACACACACACACACACACACACACACACACACACACACACACCUUCUCUCACUUUCUCACAGUCUCAUUCUCAUGUCCCCUCUCGUUCUCUCUCUCUUUCACCGUCACUCUUUUUCACACAUUUUUCUCUCUCCUUCAUUUCGCUUUUCUUUUUACUUUCUUUCGUUCUUUUCCUCAUUCCUUUCAUCUCCCGCUUACUUCCCCGUCUCCGUCUUUCUGUCUUUCUUUCACUCUGUUCUUUUUUUCUCUUUCUCUCGCGCUUUAUCUCUGUAGCGCUCCGAUAGCAGAACAGAUCUUUACAUGCCUCCUGUAAAGCGUUGCUUAUCACCGUUGUCAUGGUUACACGCUCACGGUGGGAAGGGUCAAAACCUAAUCACUGCUCCACACCUUAUUAUUGUUCGUCGCGUCUGAUGACGCGCAGCAGCCAGCCAAUCAGAGACGAGUAUCCCACUGUGGACUUUAAUGUGGAUCAUUUCAGCUAUUAAUCGUUUGGAUUUAUUUCUGGAUUUGUCCCUUCAGAGGAAACUGUGUGUGUGUGUGUGAGUGUGUGUGUGUGUGUGUGUGUGUGUGUGUGAUGGCCGUCAGUAUCACGGCUCUGUGUAACGUGAGCUCGUCUCUGUUUUUGUUCAUGGAAAUGGAGAUUUUUUGCGGUUUGGAGAUUCACCGACUCGAGCUCUGUGUGUGUGUGUGUGUGUGUGUGUGUGUUUGAGAGUGUGUAUAGGGGCUCGUGGGGCAGCAGCACCACCUCCACUCAGCUCUGUGUCAUUGCAGCACACACAGCGAGUGCGAUGUAACUUUUCCUGUCAGUAAUAGGCAUUUGAUCAGUUCUAACACUUAAACCCAUCCGGAUCUUCACUAGAAGUUAUUACUAGAGAUGCACCGAUGUAUCGGCCGAGAAAGGCGAUUUUUCCCGCUAAGGGCUUUUUUUCAUGCUAUCGGCGAUAGUUUAAAAACAUCCGAUGAUCAGGGCGGAUUAUAUCCUGUCGAUCAAAAGAGGGCGGGGAGACACAUGGAUGUGGUUCUGUGUGUAAAGACGAUGUCUCGUGUGUGGAAUGACGACAAAACUGCAGAGGGUAAUCUCUGUAAUCUCUGCACUAAAACCGGAAGUACAUUUCACGACGCAGAAAUUUCGCGUUGAGUCAAUCCCCGAUCCCAAACUCCAGCCCCCCCCCCCCCACUCUCUCCCCGCAUUAAAGGGCCAGUACACUGUCGAAAGAUUUAAGUUGAAGACAAGUCGACAAAAAAAGUAUAUACUGCACAUGAAAAUAUAUUUAUAGUCGUAUAUUUCAUAUCCAGUGAAUGUUAAUAUAUAAAAAGCGGAUAUUCUAUAUCACCGGUGUGAUGUCAGGGAUGAAGUAGAAAUGCUUGUGUGUGUGGAGAGUGAACGUGAGACUAACUGGAGGAUUUUUAUAAAUCAGUCGAUGUUCAUAUGAACGAAUAACCUUCAAUAAGAUGAUAAUCUUACUCUGAUCUUCAGAACGGAGUUCAUGGGCUCAUGUUAAUGUGAGUAGUGUGUUUUGUGCUUCUGAGACCGGUUACUGCCGGACGACUCGCUGAAACGGAGAGAAUCAAGUUUUCAUGUGCAUUUCCUUCAGAGUUCUUUUCAAUGAAUUAUUAUUCAUUCAAGAGAAGGUAUGAAAGGCAGGACGAUCGGAACCGGUAUCGGCUGAGAAAUUUACCCGCGGCGCAUCUCUAAUUAUUAUAUUAUUUUUAUUAAUGCAUGUUACAAAAAUGACAAAAAUAAAAGUAGCAGAGAUUUAUCCCA